AUGUCGGCACCCACGCUGCCCGGUGCGCAAGCGGGACCCUCUUCGCAGCCUGCUGCUGCUUCCGUACCGGCAGUGCCUGCCUCCCAGCGCGCACGCGAGAUUCAAGAUGCGCUCAAAGCCAUCGUCCUCCAAACCGCCUCCACGCUGCGCGCACGCAACCAGCAAGCUCGCCUUCCCACCUCGGUCGCCUCCUCCUCGGUCCCUGCAGCCACAUCCAUCAGCGAGUCGUCGGUGAACCUCGAGCAGCUUACCGGCGAGUGCACGCGCUACCUCUCGCUCGUGCACGGCCUGCGCGACUACCUGCUUCACGCCCAGGCUGCACUCGAAAUCGAGCUCGAGGCGGCCACCCAGCGCGAGGCACAGGAAGCCAAGAUCGCCGCAGAGGCGGCAGCCGAGGCACUUCAGCGUCAGCAGGAAGCCGAGGCGGACGCGCAGAGGAAAGCUGCGGAAGAGGCACAGACCAAGGCGGAGCCGGAUGCGGUGGCCAGUGCAGUUGCGAGCAAAGACGCAAAGAGCGAGGAGGCUGGUGGACAUGCAGAUAAGAAGGAGGGAGAUGAGGAUGACUCGAUGGUAUCAACGCCGCCGCUGCCGCCAGCGGAGCGGACGGAGCGGGCGGAUGUGGCUGCACAUACGGCAACAACAGGAAAGGCGGGAGAGGCGGCAAAGGACGCGAUCGUGAUCGACAGCGACGGGGACGACGACGAAGACGACGUGCCGCUCGCAUUCGCUCCCAAGCCAGGCGCUGCCAUCGACCUGACCGACUCGCCUGCCCUGGCGAAUGCCCCCAAGCCUUCCACAUCCGCAACCGACGCAGCUUCCACCUCGACUGCGCCCACACAAGCCGGCACCGAUCCCGCACCCACCCACGCUUCCGCGCCUCCGGCUACUGUACCCAACACCGUAGCAGGGAUCGACCUGUCGGCGCUGGGCAUCAACCUUUCCUCCCUCAACGACCUUGCCGAUCUAUCUUCGCUGGGCAUCCCCGCACUUGGCGGUUCCACCUCUGGCGAUACGACCGCACUCGCGCCCGCAACCGACUUUUCCGAGCUGGAAAAGAUGAUGGGCAUGGGCUUUCCCACCUCUUCCGCCCCGGACGCCUCGACCGCCGCACCGGAUCUCUCCUCGCUCGGCAACUUCAACCUCGGCAGCACCGGAUUCGGCGAGGACACCGACAUGUUCGGCGCGGGCACCGGCGCGAUUGAUCUGAGCAACUUUGACUUUUCCAGCCUCACCGCCGGCACCACCGAUGCCGGAGCAGCAGACGCCGGUGUAGACCUCAGCUCGUUCCUCACCAACUUUAACCCCGCCCAGCUGGAUGCUUGGUUGGCACUGGUGACCGUUUCGGCAUCGCAGCAGGAUCAUGCCAAGCAUCCAAGGUCGGUGCUACGGGCUGAUGUCGCAAGUUCGGGAUGCGGAUACGCAAAAAAAGAUACGAUGAUUUCACAGCCUUGCGGGUCUUCACGGCCCUCCAAGGGGGUGGGAGGAGCGUUAUCGUACCACACGUCGUCGUACUGGAACGCCCGCUUCGCCACGGAUCCACGCGAAGCAGCUGGGUUCGAGUGGCUCUCGUCCUCCUCCUCGCUGCUCUCUUCCAUCCCACCAUCCAUCCUAGCCUCCUCCUCUCCCAAGAUUCUUCACAUUGGAGUCGGCACGUCGUCGCUAUCGCUUGACCUUGCCCGGUACUUUCACGCUCAAGACGGUCAUUGCUCCAGAGCAGCGGGAGUGAUGAACGUCGACUUUGCACCGCGAAGCAUCGAGUUCCAAUGCACAGCUGAACGACAGUGGCUCGAAUCCAUCAAGCAUGCCGACCAAGUCAUGCAGUACAAGGUGCUCGACCUGUUGGAUUGGAGUCAAGUCUGCGAGAUGCAGGGCGGCUUCGAUGUGGUGCUGGACAAAAGCACUGCCGAUUCGAUAUCAACCGGUCAAGACCUCCAUCUGGACAGCUUGGACUCGAACGUUCAUCCGGCGAUACGCAAACUAGCGCAGCAUGACAGGGCGAUACCCACCAUUCAGAUCUUGGGCAUCCAUUUAGCUGCGCUGGUCAGCAGGGGCGGUGUCUGGCUCUGCCACAGCUACAGUUCGGAUCGAUGGGCCGAUCUCGUGAUUCCACCACACGAGGCUCAGGAGGCGUGGCCGUGGAAUCUCACCGAGACUACAGCCAUACCCGUCGAGUCCAGCACGCCAAAUGCCCCUCAGAUCCACCAUCACAUCUACACGCUGCAUCGAAUCUAA